CUCGUCCUCGCGUGCGGGAUGCACCAGCUGCUCGCCGGCCGGCUGACCAUCGGCUCCUUCACCGCCUUCACCACGUACGUCUCGCUGUACGAGCAGGGCUUCACCGCGCUCGCGGGCAUCUGGCUCAACACCAAGCAGACCCUCAUCGCCGCCGGCCGCUUCCUCUCGCUGCUGCAGCGCCGCCCCGCCAUCCUCCCCUCGGUCGGCGCCGAGCCGGCCAGCUGCCGCGGCCACCUGGAGCUGCGGGACGUCAGCUUUGCCUACCCGCUCGCGAAGGAGUGCGCCGUCCUCAAGGGGCUCUCCUUCGAGGUCGAGCCUGGCAGCGUCCUCGCCCUCGUCGGCGCGAGCGGCGCCGGCAAGACGACGGUGGGGCGGCUGAUCGAGCGCUUCUACGACCCGCAGCAGGGCGCGCUGCUCCUCGACGGCACCGACUUCCGCGCCCUCGAGCUGCGCUGGCUGCGGCGCCAGAUCGGCUUCGUCGAGCAGGAGCCCAUCCUCUUUGACUGCUCGCUCAUGGAGAACAUCAAGUACGGCCGGCCCGGCGCGUCGGACGAGGCGGCGAUCGCCGCCGCCGAGCGGGCAAACGCAGACGCGUUUAUCCGCAGCCUGCCGGAGGGGUACGCGACUCGGCCGGGCGAGAAGGGCGUGCGCAUCAGCGGGGGGCAGAAGCAGCGGGUCGCCAUCGCGCGCGCCAUCAGCAAGGAGCCGCGGCUGCUGCUGCUCGACGAGGCCACCUCGGCGCUCGACUCGACCAACGAGGCGGUCGUGCAGGCGUCGCUCGAGGCCCUCAUGGAGGGGCGCGCCACCGUCGUGAUCGCCCACCGCCUCUCCACCGUCGUGCGCGCCACCCGGAUCCUCGUCCUGAGCGGAGGCGUCGCCGUCGAGAGCGGGACGCACGCGGAACUCUCGGCCGACGCGGGCUCGGCCUACUCGCGCUUCAUGCGGCACCAGCUA